AGCACUCUGCUCUGGUACACCUACAGAGCCUCCAUCUACCACCACUGGCUCCUUUCCCCAUUGGAACAUCACAGAGGAGGAGAACACUCGUUCUCCAUUGGUGUCUGAAGAACUCUCGCACAGAUUCUCAUACACAUCAUACUCACAUUACACAUGUGAAUGCUACCAGCAGUGUGAAACGCCCAGACCCACUGGGUUACACCUCUAUCCCCAUGGUACUCUACUGUGGUACUCUACAGCUCUGACAACAACUCAUCCCACAGCAUCAGAGGACUGCCGAUCAUCACCAGUGCCACAACAGGGCAAUGCUCCCACAGAGUUCUCUGGUGACCCUUCCAUAAGAGCUCCACAUCGCCAUGGGCAGUGGGCCCAGUAAAGAGCAUCAGGGAUCCAGCACUCAUGCAGCCUUUCUGGGCCAGGAAGAGCCCGCUGAGCCGGUCAUACUGGAGAGCAGCAGGUAUGUGGUAGUGGCCCUGUACAACUAUCCCACUGGACAUCCAGCACACUGCAGCAUUCGUGCAGGAGAGAGAAUCAACGUGCUUUCAUACGAGGGGGAAUGGUGGAAAGUUAGAUCCUCUGCCACAGGCAAUGAGAGCUACAUCCCCAGCAACUACACAGCCAGGGUGUACCACAGGUGUCAGUAUGAGGGUCUCAGCAGAAAGAAGGCUGAGGAGCUCCUGUUGCUGCCCCACAACCAGACUGGCUCUUUUCUGGUCCGGGAAAGUCAGACCUGCCCUGGUGCCCACUCCCUGUCAGUGCGUAAGACCAGUGACCAGGACCGUUCUUCAGUCAAACACUACCGGAUCCAACAACUGGAGAACGGCUGGCACUACAUCUCCCCCUGCCUCACCUUCCCCACCCUCACAGCCCUGGUGGACCACUACUCAGAGGUCACUGAUGGGCUGUGCUGUCUGCUGGGGGAGCCCUGCUUCAUCCAGGGGUCCAACAGCAUUCCUGUGGCUACUGGCCCACUACCCAUGGCCGUUAGGAAACCCACCCUCAACUGGAAAGAUGCGGACAGCUCCAUGAUUUUUGGCAAGGACAAUGAGGAUUCCCUGGUGAGCGAGGGCCUGAGAGAGGCCAUCAGUUCCUACCUCUUCAUGACAGGGGACGGCAGCCAGAAAUGGGACAGCUGAGACUGUAGCUGUCCUCAGAGAGACAAAUAGUGAGAUACACAUAGACUAAAACGGAGCAAUGAGCUUACCUACUGGGGCAGAGGGUACCUGAGGACCAUAUUACGUGGCCAUGAACCUAAUGGAUCUCUAACAUUGUUGAGGGAACUGAGAUUCACAACUCAACCACUGCAGAGAACCAUUGUUCUCAAAGCCAUGGUUGUAAAGUGCUCACAUUGCCAAGCAGACGAGGCCCAUAUUUGCUUGGAUUCAUGAUCAGAAAACAUUUUUAGAUCCUGGAGGCAGACAAAAAAGUACUUUACAGAAAUAAGGGAGUAUCUGUGCCCAUAGGAACACAACGUGUUCUUAAUACAGAGAUCAUGCAUUCAAACUGAUUAUAGGUUGCAACAUUGAAAAAGUGUCCGGAAUGAUCCUCACUGUGUCAAAUUGUGUGCAUGAUCUCUAAUGUCAAACUAGAACAGUAGGUCUAAAGAGAGUGACACGAUAUGUUGCAAUUUAUUAUGAUUUUUGAAAGGCUGUUAACUUCAUAUUGAAAUGUUCAAUUCAGCCUUACUCAUGAUUAUAAGUAACCACAGCUGAUUACAAUGUUCCUUACAGAAAGUAGUUUGAUGGUGAGGUAUACAGCCAUAUGAAAGUCAUAACCACCUGCACGUUUCAAAUAGAUCCCGUAUCAUCAGUAAACAGACUAUUUGGUUGGUUUUGUUGAACUACCUUGAAAACAAGGAACUGUUUGUUGUAUGGGUUUCCUGUCCUGAACAUAAACACAUUUUAGCUGUUGCUUGUUCUCCACCGCACCGCAGUCUAACUUUGGCACAGGAUAUGGUCAAGGUGCAGUGGAAAAAAUGAUAGAGUACGGCAGAGACCGCAGAAAGUUAUGGGUAGUGCUAAAGAGCAUCUCAAAAUUAUGUGAAAUAUUUAAGUAAUAAGGCAAGAGGGGGUGUGGUAUAUGACCAAUAUACCAUUGCUAGGGGCUGUUAUUAUGCAAGACGCAACGCGGAGUGCCUGGAUACAGCCCUUAGCCAUGGUAUAUUGGCCACAUACCACA